AUGUUUCAUCAAAAACUCCUUCAAACAAUUUUGAAAAGUUUGAUUUGGAUAAACUGUUUUAUUUAUUUUGGAACAAGUCUCCAAAUACAAAAGAUAAAUAAUCCAUUUGAUGUACAAAUUGCAAAGAAGCUGACUAAAUUCCUUGAUGGUAAGACAAAACAAGUAAUAAGAAUUACACAUCAAAACAGAGAGCAAAAAGAACCAAUUAAAGAGAAUGUCGUCGAAAACACAAUCGAAAAGAGCUAUCAUUUAAAUGACCUUAAGGACAAUCAUCAAACUUUAAAUGGCUUAAAUAGAAUAUUGGUGAAGAGGAUUGUUCCACACGGUUCAGAAACUCCCAAUUUUGUAUAUGAUUUUAAACAUAGGACUUACUAUAAGCCAUUGAAAAGAAUUCACAAAAAUAUAAAGGCAUUAGACGUUCAUAAUAAAACUAACAAACACAGUGUUAGCAAUAACUAUUUACAUUUUAUCACCUCAAAAAAUAAAAGAAAUAAACUUAAUAAUUUUAAAUCGAACAGUCUUAAAUACUACAAUGAAUAUCUCUUACAACCAUUCAAAUACAAAUCAGGAAAACUGUACCCGAAGAGUUCCACACAAGAAAUUGAAGUGAUAACCAAACGGCUGAAAACACUACUGAGUGUUUUAAACUUAAAUAAAAUUGUUAUUACGGAACCACAGUCUAUAACUGAUGAUGAUACUCUUAGAACUAAAUAUCAAAAGUCUGGCGAAAUCAAUGACCCUUUGUCACCGGGGAAGUCAUUUCAAAACGGAUUAAACGGAAUUGAAACAACAACGGAAAGAAAGAAAGUAUGGAUACCGUAUUACCCGCCAUGGAAUUACUGGACGUACAAGAAAUCGAUCUAUCAGGACGAAUGCCCCGAUGGGCAGGUAGCGAUAGGAGGAAUGUGCAUAAGGACCCCACCUCAUUAA